GGAAGGACACGAGCAUGGCGGUUGCUGUGGAGGAGGACAGAGGAAGGAGAGAACCAGGGUCUGCCUUCCAGGAGCUUUCAGCCUCGGACAUAAAGGAGAAGACCCUUUCCCUGUCCUCGGGAGCACGCAGGCUGGGCGUGGGAAGACGGGGUGGGGCCCCCACAUUCACAGACUUCAUGAUGUGCAAAGGGCUGAGAGUUCUCACCGAAGAGACAGUGGUCUCUGGAACUCCAUGGGGCCAGGGAAGGCUUCCUGGAGGAGGUGGCCCUUGAGCUGGAAAGGCAGGCAGGGAGGUGAGGCUUUUUGUUGGGUGGGAUAGGAAGAGGGCACAAACCCAUGGCAGCAGUAAUGGUGCGGUGUGUGGGCGGGCCCCCAAACGAGGAGAGUGUUUUGGCAGGAAAGGAAGGUAGGGACCAGGUCAUGGAGAACCUCGGAUGCCUCGUUAGAGGGUCUGGUCUCAGUCCUGAGGGCAGGGGUGAGUCACAGGGACACGGACUGGGGAAAGGUGCUGGUGGGCUCUGGAUCACAAUAAAAAAUGGGGCCUGGACCAGAUGCCUCCUGGGGACCUUUGGGCCCUGCCCUGCCCCAGCCAGGGUGCUGGUCCUCUGACCCACCGCGCCACUUCUGGGAUGAAGCCGUGAGUCCAGGACCGCCAUGCCAGCAGCUCUGGAGGUGCAGGAGGGUGGGCGGAGGCGGACGGACGGGUCACCAGUUUGUGGACUCACUGCACGCCUGGUCUGAGCCCCAUGGGGGUCCUUCAUGGCCUUGGCAGUGUGAUUCUGAAGUUGAUUUGGCAGAAGAAACGCUCAGGAACAGCCAAGAACCUGGUGAGAAGUGACCGUGGAAGGGGCUCACCCCCUCGGUCCCCACGGUGCGCUCCCCUAAUCCACACAGUGGGCCGACAGAGACGCCCUUCCCGCGGGGGCCCAGGCUCAGGGACAGGUAUGCCACAUGCGGCUCGGGCAGUGCUGCCAGUCUGUCUGGAUGGAAGGGAGACCGUCUCGCAAAAUCAGUCCAGACAGAUAAAAAUAGAGUGGAAAGCAAAGUAUAAAAGUCCAGGGCUAUAAAUCUGCGUGAGAAGGCCAAAGAACCCGGCAAGACUGCGGGCAGAGGGUGGAGAAGGCCGCCACUCCAGGAGGAGCGGGUGCCCGACUCCCAUCCCUGGGGAAAUGCAAAUCCCAGCGACAAUGAGAUGCUGUUUCACACCCCUCCGAUGGGCAACGGUUGGGAAGGCCGCUGCUACCAAGUGUGAUCAAAGCUGCUACAGGAGCGGUGACAGGGCCCCUCUGGAGAGCAAAGCACCAGGAUUCCUCGGAGCCUGCCAUGUGCGCCCCAGCCACCUACGCGCCCGGGAGAGCAACCCUGGCCCAUGGACACUGCAUGGCACGGUGCUCGUGAGGGGCUGGAGCAGAAGGGGACACGCAGGACGAAGCAGGCGCGUUCCCGCAGAGAGACUUGGCAGCGGGACCGUGAACUGUGUCUGCGUCAAGCCAUGCAAACGGGCUUCCGGAAUGUGUGAAGGAGGGCAAGGCGAAGUGUGGGGCAGGGGGCACGGGACGGACACUUUGGGGUAUGCGUUUUGAAUGCACACGGGGGACACGGGCCGUUCGGUGUCCGGUGUGUGGGGACAAGGUGGCGCCGUGUCACGGGUUUCCGGGGGGGCCGUGGGAUGGCCCCUACCCUCCCGUGCUAAGGACAAUGAGGAGAUCUCUGAGACCCAGCAGAUGGCGCAUUAGGGAGCACUGUCAUCGUCUUGGAUGGGGCAGGCCUUCCUGAGCGAGGUGAGCAGUCCAGAGGCCAGCGGGGGCCAUCGCCGGGCCGGAGAGCAUCGGGUCACACAGACCCCGCGGUCGGAGUAGAAGGAAGGUGACAAACGACGCUCAUCACGUAUGUCGUCAAGGGUCCAAACGCACGAUCCCUAAAUGCUCAUAGAAAUCAGGACAAGACGGCCAGCCAGCAGCAAACACUUCUGGCUGCUGGUCCUGUCCCGGGGGCUGGUGGGCCUGGGAGAAGCCAGCUACUCCACCAUCGCGCCCACCAUCAUAGGCGACCUCUUCACCAAGAACACGCGCACGCUCAUGCUGUCCGUCUUCUACUUCGCCAUCCCACUGGGCAGUGGCCUGGGUUACAUCACGGGCUCCAGCGUCAAGCAGGCGGCUGGAGACUGGCACUGGGCCCUGCGGGUGUCCCCCAUCGUGGGCAUGAUCACAGGCACGCUCAUCCUCAUCCUGGUCCCAGCCACCAAGAGAGGCCACGCCGACCAGCUCGGGGGGCAGGUCAGGGUGCACAGCUCGUGGCUCCGUGACAUGAAGGCCCUGAUCCGCAACCGCAGCUACGUCUUCUCCUCCCUGGCCACGUCGGCCGUGUCCUUCGCCACAGGAGCCCUGGGCAUGUGGAUCCCGUUGUACCUGCACCGCGCUCAGGUCGUGCAGAAGACGGCAGAGACGUGCGGCAGCCCGCCGUGUGGGGCCAGGGACAGCCUUAUCUUCGGGGCCAUCACCUGCUUCACCGGCUUUCUGGGAGUGCUCACGGGGGCGGGAGCCACGCGGUGGUGCCGCCUGCGGACCCAGAGGGCCGACCCGCUUGUGUGCGCGGUGGGCAUGCUGGGCUCCGCCAUCUUCAUCUGCCUUAUCUUUGUGGCGGCCAAGAGCAGCAUCGUGGGCGCCUACAUCUGCAUCUUUGUCGGGGAGACACUGCUCUUUUCUAACUGGGCCAUCACCGCGGACAUCCUCAUGUACGUGGUCAUCCCCACGAGACGAGCCACGGCUGUUGCCCUGCAGAGCUUCACCUCCCACCUGCUGGGGGACGCCGGGAGCCCCUACCUCAUCGGCUUUAUCUCGGACCAGAUCCGCCAGAGCACCAAGGACUCCCCGCUCUGGGAGUUCCUGAGCCUGGGCUACGCACUCAUGCUCUGCCCCUUCGUGGUGGUCCUGGGCGGCAUGUUCUUCCUCGCCACCGCCCUCUUCUUCCUCGGCGACCGCGCCAAGGCUGAGCAGCAGGCUCUCCCACCUUCCCCUGGGGCUGACGAGGUCCCUGCCCGGCACGUCCGGCCAGCCGGCCCCCGAGAUGCGAUGUGCCAGAGCAGUGCCCGGGCCCGGCCGCCGCUGACCCACCACCUUGACCCCCGCCCGUCUCUCCCCCAGGGUGAACCAGCUGGUGAUGCCGCCUGCAUCUGUCAAAGUCUGAGGCCGUGCCUCUGGGACCAUGAAGACCCCUCACUGACACCCUACUUGGGAGGCAUUCCACGGCACCCCAGCCCUGCUGGGCCAUCUCGAAGCUUUGUGUGUGACCUGAGGCUGGGCACCCACCCUCUCUGGUCUGGGGCUGUGGAGUGGCCGUGGCUCCGAGAGGCCGUGUCCUCGGCGAGUGUGGAAGGAUGUGUGUGGGGAAGCCACACGGCUGCACAGACUCCCAGCCCCGGGGCCGGGCUGCAGACCCCCUGGGGCCCGGGACGAAGACCACCUCCAAUCGGCUUAUGGGGAGAGCCUGUCCUGUCCCUGCCUCACAGGGUCCCAGGCAAGCCUCUGCCGUCCCCAGACCAUGGGGCUGGACGGCUGGAUUUCCCCACAUGGCAUCUCUGAAGGCCUAGCGGCUCCUGGAUUGCAGAGAGGAGGGGGGUCCAACCUCACGCUCGGGGACACAGGGAUCACUCUGACCUCGGGGACGAUGGACUCCAGCGGGCAGAGCCGGGUGCCCCGUGGCUGGUCCCUGCGAAGGACACUGGUCUCUGCUGCCUGCCGGACCCCCAUGGGGGCCAGCUGCUGGGGAGCCGGCGUCUCCAGGGGUGAAGACCCUGGCGGCCGCUGCACCCGACCUGUGCCCCAGGCCUGGGUGUGGGAGCCACACGCCCCCCACCCCAGGGGCAGGGCCCAGGGUGCUAGCUGCUGGAGAAAGUAGUCACCCCAUGAAGCUUCCUGUCCCAGAAAAAGGGCCAGGAGCGAGGCCCGCACCCCAGGCCGGCUGCCGCAGUGCUCAGGGGCCCUGCCACCGCCCCCACACCUGCCUGCUGGCGGAGCUCGCCCUACCCUGCCCCACGCGCUCCUGCACACCGGCUGGAAUCGAGGUGCCGGCCCUGACGACGCGCUACCCCGUAGUUAGCUGGCGUGGCUUGUGCGUGUGCAAGCUAGCGGCACCCACUCCUCACCAAGCUCUGGGGCACCUAUGGGGGUGGGACCCCCAAGACCAGCCCGGCCCCAACGGGGGGCCCCAGCGAUGUUUUCUUGUUGUACAAGAACCACGUCCAAGUGUUGCCUCCUCUUCCUUCCGGAAGCCAAACUGCUCCUUUAUUUUUCAGAGCUGCUGAUCGUGAAUCUCAGAGUCUUAAGAGAGAAGCCAAAUAUGUUCCUCUUGUAAAUGAAGGAAUAAACCUAUUUAAAUCACGCC